CAUCGUAUUCGGUGAACGGGGGAAACUACAGAAUUCCAUCUCGCCUCAUCCCUCUUGCUCCGGAAGAUUCGGAGGCUCAGUGCAUUCUGUUGACGUCUCUAACAUAACAUUACUUCGUAAUACCCGGCAAACAUACAAUUACCAGAAUAUAACUACCAGAACUUCAACAGACCCAUCUACAUCACAUCAGCCAUUCCAUUUUCUUGUGUCUACAUGUUCCAUCGCGAUACCGGACCUAGGGAAUCGCUUGCCGACAUGUGGCCGUUAUCUUACUGGGUGUGGCCCAUCAUAUCGGGGAUUGUCUGGCUGAUCACCCUUCUCACGCUUCUCCUCUACUGGAUCGUCGAAGAAAACAGUAGAUUCUACCCCUCCAUGUCCUCCGGUCAGACCAUAGCAUACAUUAGCGACGUUGGCGCCUACCGUCUCAAACCGCUCUUCAUCGCCGGGUGCGCCAUUUCCGCCAUAUUUCUAAACCUCUCUAUUUUCGCCGACCGCUGGCUACGAAGUAAGGGCCGCCUGGUCCCCAAUGCUAGUAUCGGGGGAAAGAUCCUCACCAUCCUGAGCAUCAUCUUCUCCAUCGUCGGCGGCGUCGGUUGGAUCCUCCUCGCAGUCUUCGACACCUACAACUACACCGACCUACAUCGUCUCUUCCUAGCUCUCUUCAUCGCCGGCUACCUUCUUUCCGCCAUCUUCAUAUGUUGGCAAUACCAGCGGCUGGGAUCUAAGAAUCGCGGUCACCGGGCUCUUUACAUCUCCUUCUGGGUGAAGCUUGCCUUUAUCGUCGUCGAGCUCGGCCUUGCCAUCGGCUUCGGCAUGACUAUGAGAAGCGGCGUACCAAACCACGCUGCCAUCCUCGAAUGGGUCAUCGCCGUGAUCUUCUCCUUCUACAUUUUCUCCUUCGCCGCGGACCUUUGGCCCGCUGUUCGCACUAAACGCCAUGAGAUGCGCUUCCGAAAAUCCGACGUGGCCAACCCCGCCAUCCCUGGGUCAGGUUCCGAUUCCCGUCCGGACUCCGACUUCUCCAUGAACGGCUUUGACAUGACUGAGCAAGGCCUCGGCGUGCGUCCGGGGGCGCCGCACUCGACACUGCCACUUACGGAGAGAAACACUGCGCCUAACAAUGUUUAAUUUAUGUAGACAAGGAAUGCAGGGAGCCUGCUCACCCUCCUUUCUCCCCCCCCUUUUUUUGGAAUUUUUUUUGGCACCGUUUCUUUCCCUUGUUUCUUCGUACAGAGGCACCGAUGCCAU